AUGCGCACCAAUUCCUUGUUAACACACCACUUUGACUGCAUUUCGACGUUCCUAUUACUUGUCCCAUGCAUCCAAGGCUACGUGUCAGAAGUCUUGGAAAACGCCAAAGUCUACUCAGAGCAUGCGAGUAAAAACAAGGUUGAUGUGGAUGAUGUACGAUUGGCUAUUCAAUCCAAAGUCAACUUUUCCUUUACCGGGCCACCGCCUAGAGAG